AUGCAGAAAAAAAAUAUUGGUGAACGACGACGCCUGCCGAUUAACGCGCGAAUCUUAGCGUUCUUCAUCUUCCCGCAAGGAAUUGCACUUAUCUUAACACCACUGUGUAAUCGUUCGUAUCCGAAUUCCAACGAUUGAGUAGUUAAGUAUCCUGCUGUUUAGAUUCCUUUGAUUAAUUUCCACAGAACGAUCGCCUUAUUGAUCAACCAAGGAACGAUCAAAUUGCAAUGUCGCGUGGGCGACGGCUCCUUCGAGUCCUUCCCACGGCUUUUCAAGCUUCAACUUUGUUGUGUUCAAUCCUUUUGACCUGCUUUUCAGGUUUAGUCUAUUCAGCAGAUGUAACACUAAAUUCCAUAGAGAUUUUUAGUAAACAUGAAUGGCUGCCAUCAAAACCGAAAGUUUACUUUCGGUGCAAUGGGGAGAAUAAGACUGUAUUACCAGAUGUAACCAAAGUCCUUGAACCUUACAUUUUCAAGGGUGAAGAAUCUUGGCAGCCUUUAACAGAAUUUCCGAAUAAGAAGUGCAAGAGGUGUGGACUGUAUGAGGAAGAUUUAAUUUCAGAUGAUGUAUUUGAUGAGUGGGAGCUUUGUCCAUCUGAUUUUAUAGACCAUGAUGGAAAAUAUACUCAUUUCAAGGACAAACAAUUUAACGCUACAUUCUUAUGCCCAGAUUGUGUGCCUCGUGGACAGGAUUUAAAUAACACAACCAUUCCGAGCAAUAAUAAGGAGGAGAGGAAAGGACUGCAUUGGGCUGUGGUGGCAACUAUAGUAAUAAUAGUUGCAAUUGUAUUCAUACUUGGACUGGUAGUUGCAUACAAAUACUGGCAGAAGAGAAAAAGAGAGCAAGAACAGGCCCGGUUCUUAAGACUUUUUGAAGAUGGAGAUGAUAUUGAAGAUGAACUGGAACUUGGCAAUUUCCAAUGAUUCGUCGUAGUUUCCUGCAUCUCUUUUGAAAAUGCGUUUAAGCCCCGGUUAAUACUGCUGAUAGAAAGAAACCAAGAUGGAAGUAAUCAUACAAAGUAAUUCUAUCACGUAGGUCAGAUAUACUACAGAAAUAUGGUGGUGGUUAUAAUGUGAAUGAUAAUCUUCUUUUUUUUGUAAUAUAAACACUUUGAGUUGAUUUUCUACCUUGAUAAAUUUAUUUUCAUAUAUUGAUUUUCU